AUGGCUUCAAGAGAGCGGCCGCCCUCUCCAGUCGACCGCCCUUCGGACUGCGUGGAAAUCCCACACCGACUAGAACUUCAUCAAGAUGAUGAUGUGGCCAUUCUCGUCAACCACAUCAGUGGCGAGCGAGUCGUGCUGGAGACCAGGACGGACGAUAACAAGGUCCACUACAGUCCUGACCAGCGGCACGGCUUCGUGGUGAUGAAUGGCAAGUCGGUCUGGGCGAGACUCUUCAAGUGGCACGCUUUCGAGUGUCGUCGCAGUCGAGAGCCGUUCCUCGUGCACCGCUUGAGCCAAUCGGCGGGCCUGGUUCUUCAGUGGCUAGACGAGGGCAUUGGGCGAACGUGGAGGAAGUUGACUUUGCCGGAGCAAGUCGAACCGGUCGUUACACUGGAGUUCGAUCGCCCGUACCGCAGCAGCGGUUGCUGCAUUUUCUGGUCUUUGCAAAGUCUGUUGAAGAGCUUCUUGCCCCCACAAACGGUGACUCAGUCCAAGAUUAGCACUUGGAUGCGAAAGUCGUGGCGGAAGGUGUUACAAAGCCAUCUUGGCCGAGGAGUCGUUAUGGAUGACCACAUCCUCACGACAGAUCGCCAAGCGGCCGCUUCUUCUUCAGUCGGCCAAGCAGAUGCAGUCGUGCUCGACUCAGAUGAUGUCGCAGUCGAUCCGGCUGAUGCAGUGGUCGCAGACCACCCCCCAGCUGCUGCCGCCCUCGCGGAACGGGACGCCUUACUAUUACAAGUAGACAUCACUAUGCUGUCCACAGUCGCUGCUUUGCAACUGUUGUUGCACAUGUGCAACAAGCCUCCUCAGGAAUGCUCGGAAGAGACUGUUCGGCAAUUCAGUCGCAGUCUUAUGGCCUUUUUUCAUGUGGGCCAAAAGUCGACACGUUCAGUCGACCACUCCGAAUACCUCAGCUUGGUGUUCGAGAAGGAGUACAAUCCGAGCAUGGGCAGGAGCUGCGGGGAACCGCUGUUCAACGUUUCGGGCAACCUCGCGUUUGACAGAGUGGACAAAUCCUGCAACUGGAAGGAGCUCUCCCGCCAAGAGAAGAAGAGCGUCAGUUUGCACAACAACGCGGACAUACUGGCCUUGCUUUGGAGCACUCAGCGAAAAAGCAACUGCCAGUGGAUCUGUGAUCAACUGUGCUUCCAAGUCGCUCAAGUCGUGGAAGCUGGAAGGUUCUUGGUUUUCCACAAGUCGUUCGUCGUCCUGACUCAGAGCGAGAGUGGCAGCACGAUCAAGCCGCGAAGGUCUCUCAGUGAUCCCGCUGUUCUGGCACACCGCGCACGUCAAGGCUUGAAAGAGUCGGGCAAGAAGAGCAAGAAGAAAAGAAAAAAGGGCGAGGCCAAGUCGAACCCGCGGGCGAUGGACGACAAGAAGGACCUGGUGAGGUACUUCUACGGCUGCCGGAGGGCGAUGGCAGACACCAAGGUCUUGGCCAUCGCUGA